AUGGAACAGGCCAGUAUGCUGAAGAAGGUAGUCGAUGCAGUAAAGGACCUCGUGCACGACUGCAACUUCGACUGCAAUGACUCUGGAAUUGCCCUGCAGGCCAUGGACAACUCUCACGUCGCCCUUGUCUCCAUGAUGCUUAAAGCAGAAGGCUUCUCGCCUUUCCGGUGCGACCGAAACGUCGCCCUGGGAAUUAACCUCGUUUCUCUCACAAAGGUGCUACGAGCCGCUCAGGAUGGAGAUGUCCUCACGCUCAAGGCCGAUGAUACACCCGAUGUUGUCAACCUUUUGUUCGAGAGUGUUGAGAAGGACCGUGUGAGCGAGUAUGAUAUCAAGCUCAUGGAUAUCGACCAGGAACAUUUGGCUAUCCCGGAGACAGAAUAUGCAGCUACGGUUGACAUGCCAUCAGCUGAAUUUAGGCGAAUUUGCGGAGACUUGAACCAGUUGUCCGAGUCAGUUCUAAUUGAGGCCAGCAAGGAUGGUGUCCGAUUCUCUUGCCAGGGAGAAAUCGGUAACGGUGCUGUGACGAUUCGCCAGAAUACUAAUGUCGAGAAACCCGACCAGAACGUCACCAUCACGCUCACCGAGCCCGUUGCACUUACAUUCUCUAUUAAAUAUCUCCUGAACUUCUGCAAAGCCACCAGUCUUUCCUCGAAAGUACGACUAUCGCUCUCUGCCGAGGUUCCAUUGCUUGUCGAGUAUGCACUUGAUGGAUCUGGAUAUGUACGGUUCUAUCUUGCUCCAAAGAUUGGUGAAGACGAGUAA